AUGUAUUCGGAUUCCGAGUACGAUAGUAGCUUAUACGAUGCCAUCGGGGAAGGAUCCUACAGCAACCGCUAUGCCUCUGGUGGACGGCGCCCUGGCGGUUCUGCUUUCUUCGUCAAAGGUGGCACUUUGAAUAUGGAUGAAGACCACAUGACUAAGAGUGGUCAUAAAGGGCAGUCCACCAAAGGUGCCCCCGAGGAGGAUUCAGAUGAGGGCGUAUCUGACACGGAGGAUGCCUCGAUGGUCUAUACCGCCGACACCAUUGAUCGCUUACUGGCGGACGGCAGCGAACGAUACGCGAAAGAAGGGCACGAAUCAUAUGAAGACUCGUCGGAUGAUGAUGAUGAUGACGAUGACGACUAUGGAGUGCGUCGAGCAUCCUCGAAAAUGAAACGCGUUGAUACAGGACGGCGACAUCGGUAUGAGAACUCAAAGCGGGAUCAAGGGAUCACUUAUGACGCGGAUGACGUCCUUCAGCCGCGGCAAAUUGACAAAAUGUACGGCAAGGGUGUGAAGAUGCUGAAGAAGAUGGGCUACACGGGCGGUGGCUUGGGUCGUGACGGCACCGGUGUCGUGGCUCCAAUAGACCUCAAAGCUCCUGUCGACAAGCGUGGAAUGCACAAAGAUCGUGAUUCAUCGACUCUGGAUAUCGAUUACAUGGGCAGAGUUAAGCAGCCGACUAUACGCGCGGUGCCUAUUAGCGUGAAUUACUCCAAUGCGUGGCGGAAGAAAAAGGUGUUCAGAUCCAAGCAUGAGAAACAAUUACCGGCCAGCACCGUGAAGAUUCCCGAAGUCGAUCAGCUGAUUAAAGCGUUGGCCGACAAAGUGCAGUGGUUUAGCGAGAAAGGCCGUCAAACCUACGAUGCGGUGGAAAAGGCAAAGGGAGCCUUGACUGAGGCGGAACGAGAACUGCAAGAGAAAGAGUCGGAACUAACCGAACAGGUAGAAAUAAUCGAGGUUGCGGAAAAGGCGCUGCCUCGAUUUAUGGAAUUCUUUCAAAAUGUUGACAACGCUUUCAUCAACCUAAAGGAUACGACCAACGUAGAGGUCAUAAUCCCCGUGUUCGAAAACUUCGUGGAUAGAUUAUUCUUGGAAUGUGACGCUGAUUCAACGCCCUACUGCUAUUUAGGUGUCCAAUCAAUUUGUGAUCACUACUUUAUGCGUGGAUUACACGCAAUAUACGCGGACUGGGAUAUCGCAAAGAAACCUGACCUGGGAGCUAGGUUAGUACAAAGUUGUUUAGCACAAGUGGACUCGUACGCAUACUCGUCAAAAACUCAGGCGUAUUUUGAUCAGAUAAUAGAACCUAAACUGCGAAAGUUUUUCUCCGAAGAAUGGAAUGUCGCCGAUACUGACGUGGGUAAGCGGUGCUACAAAGGUUGGUCGUCAGUUAUAAGCCUGCUCGAUGGUGGAGGCUUCAAACGACGAAUUGCGUUUGAGUCACCUCUGGAAGUAAAACUCGUCAAUGUCAUCCAUGAGGAAAAAACUAUACACCUUUCCCACAUUCUCGUGCAUCCGUUUUUGAGUUCCAUCGGUAUGGGGCUCAGCGAACGUACGUUUGUUGAACAUUUUGUAUCUGCCAUAAUGCGUAUGAUAUCCAAAUACGUCGUCAGCGAUGUGGAUAAGUGUCUGAAACCCAUCAAAUCAUGGGAUCGCUUGUUGCGCAGGCAUGAUACGGAGAAAAUCAUCCAACACGUCGUCAGGUGCCUGCAAAAUGAGCUAAAGAACGUUGCCAUAAACCCCCAGAACCAAGACACCAGCGUGUUACAAAAUGCAUUUCUGUGGAUGGGCUAUAUAGGAAAGGGUAACCUUUCAGAGGCCCUGUGCUGUGAUUUCAUGCGCAGGUGGUUGAAGGUUUUGAAGGAUUGGGUCAUGCUUCCAACCGCUAACUACGACGAAGUGAUCAUUUGGUACCAGGGUUGGAAAUCAUUCUUCCCGGAAGAGGUCAUAAAAACGUCUGCGAUGGAGUCCUUUCUCAAAGAUGCGCUAAGAGAAAUGGACCGUGCGUCGCGAAAUGUGCUAAACGCCCCAACACCACAGAAAAACCGCGAACGCUCUCCAGAAAAGUGUGAUUCGAAGUCCAUAAUGAACAGUGUACAGAAGAUCGGCGCAAUGAAAGGUGUGGUACUCAUAAAGCGCCGCGGCAAAACUCACAACGGGAAGCAAGUCUACGCUUUUGGAUCUGCCAGCGUUAUUUUUGAUGACUGCGUCAUGGUGAUAAACGGCAAUGAGGCAAGACCCAUAUCAUUGUACGAACUUGAAAAACUUAUAUAG